GAUGUGGGUGGUGCCGCUGUACUUCACGGUGAAGCUCUCGUGGUGGCGCUUCCUGGUCAUCUGGGUGCUCUUCUCGGCCGUCACGGCCUUCGUCACCUUCCGGGCCACGCGGAAGCCGCUGGUGCAGACGACACCCAGGCUGGUUUAUAAGUGGUUUCUCCUGAUCUACAAGAUCAGCUACGCCACGGGCAUCGUCGGCUACAUGGCUGUGAUGUUCACGCUCUUCGGCCUCAACUUGGUGUUCAGGAUCAAGCCGGAAGACGCGAUGGACUUCGGCAUCUCCCUCCUCUUCUACGGGCUCUACUACGGCGUCCUGGAGCGGGACUUUGCGGAGAUGUGCGCGGACUACAUGGCCUCCACCAUCGGGUUCUACAGCGCCUCGGGGAUGCCCACGAAGCACCUCUCGGACAGCGUGUGCGCCGUGUGCGGGCAGCAGAUCCUGGUGGACGUCAGCGAGGAGGGCAUCAUCGAGAACACCUACCGCCUCUCCUGCAACCACGUCUUCCACGAGUUCUGCAUCCGCGGCUGGUGCAUCGUGGGCAAGAAGCAGACGUGUCCCUACUGCAAGGAGAAGGUGGAUCUCAAGAGGAUGUUCAGCAACCCCUGGGAGCGGCCCCACGUCAUGUACGGGCAGCUGCUGGACUGGCUGCGCUACCUGGUGGCCUGGCAGCCCGUCAUCAUCGGACUGGUGCAGGGCAUCAACUACGCGCUGGGCCUGGAGUAG